AUGUGGCUGGGCAGUGAGACGAAGCAGCUUGCGCUGUAUGAGACGAAGAUCACAGCGCUCAGGACUGAACUGAAGGACUCUGUGGUUGAGUUCUUGAGAAGGAAGAGUCACACCGCGACCGAGCUCAACAACGCUGUAGACAGCCUCAAUGUUCCGAUUUGGUACUUCUGUGCAUUUCGUCCACCUUCCAUUGGCGAUGACGAGUGGGUCGCAUUCGACUGUGAGGACGCCGACAUCUUCCUUAUGAUCGACAUAGUGUCAGAUCUCUUCGCCGAGCAUAAUGCUGUCAACGUGCUGGAGCUGCUGAUCAGCUUCGAGUUGGAGGAUGGAGCACUUCUGGCGUACCGAGACGGCAGCUUCGAGCCAAGCAGUACGACGUUCAAGCUGUUCACGAUACCGAAAUUCGAUUUCGGGGAGUUCUGCAUUGGCGACUGCAUCAAUGACGACAGGACAUAUUACAACGAGGUCAGGACGGUGGACAAGGGGAAGUUUCACUACUUCGACCCAUUUGCGACGUUCAAUGCAAGGAAGUCGUUCAAACUCACAGCUUUGCAGAGGAGCAUAGGCACCGUAGUAGACGACAACAAUGUCGGUGAAGGUCAAGCCCCGUUCCUGCCGCCAUAUUGUUUCAACGACUUCGUACCUAGCCAUUUGGGCAUGCAUCCUACUACUAAGGACGACCUACCUAAGGAUCGUGAUCGUGGUCGUGCCUCGCUCGCAGUCCUCUGCGCCUCCAAUCUUGGCGACGAGGUGAGCGACGAAGUGAAGCUCGUCUUCCCACAAGACAUUACUUUCCAGCCGCCGGUGACAAAAUAUAUCGCAAGAAGUAUACGGCGCCGCAUCGAAGCUCAGCUCCAAGUCCAGUCUGCUCCAGGGUCCAAGGUCAAAUGCGCCAUCCUAUACCAGGCGCCGCUGAGUGGUACUUGGGGCAUCGAAUUAUGGCUUAUGCCACAGAAGCCAGCGCCACUGAAGCUUUUCCGCUUCGCCGAAUACGACGAUGAUCACGGCAUGGACCUUACGUACGACGAAGCCGGGGCGAAAUCACCAAUUCUCGAAUUCCUGCAUGCACCUGCGGUUCAGAAAGGAGAUAAUAGGCUUCUUCGUGAUGGCGCAUUUCGUGCCCAAAGAUGA